CUGCUAGUUUUAUGGGAGAUUAGUCCACAAAAUGCACUAGAUGGUGGUGUUUUGUAACCGGUUAGGCAACUUUGGAUGUUUCUAUUUGAACCACUAGAGGAGCUCUUUCGCACUCGUCGUAGAUUGUGUGGAGACGUCGAUGUGAACGAGCCGAGGUUUCCCAGUUGAAUGUAUCGGCUAGCGUGAUGAGGCUAAGCUAGCUGUCAGCCAGGCAUCCACGGGUUUUGCUGCCGAGUUAGCUACCGGAUGCUCCCGGUCGUAUCCUACUGGCCGUCUUGACAUUCCCUCAACAUUCCUGGACGAAUUCGUGUCGACUGACCAGAGUCCGCGAAUUCAGGUCCAUUCCUGAUCUAACCUUUCCCCGCUAGCGUAAUUUAGCUUGCCGGCUAACGAGAGUGCACACUCGGAGAACCGGACUGACGAGACUUCCACUUAAGGACCACACCCAGACAAGAUGUCCCUUCACCAGUUUCUGUUGGAACCCAUCACCUGCCACGCGUGGAACCACGACAGGACACAAAUUGCAAUCAGUCCAAAUAACCAUGAAGUCCAUAUCUACAAGAAGAGUGGCAACCAGUGGGUUAAGACUCAUGAACUGAAGGAGCACAAUGGACACAUAACAGGUAUUGACUGGGCUCCCAAAAGUGACCGUAUAGUGACAUGUGGAGCAGACCGUAACGCCUAUGUGUGGUCGCAGAAGGAGGGCGUAUGGAAGCCCACACUGGUCAUCCUCAGGAUCAACCGAGCCGCCACCUUCGUCAAGUGGUCUCCACUGGAGAACAAGUUUGCAGUCGGAAGUGGUGCUCGACUCAUUUCUGUCUGCUACUUUGAGUCCGAGAAUGACUGGUGGGUGAGCAAGCACAUCAAGAAGCCAGUACGCUCCACCGUCCUCAGUCUGGACUGGCAUCCCAACAACAUCCUGCUGGCUGCUGGAUCCUGUGACUUCAAAUGCAGGGUGUUCUCAGCCUACAUUAAGGAGGUGGAAGAGAAACCAGGCCCCACACCCUGGGGCAGCAAGAUGCCAUUUGGGGCUGUGCUAGCAGAAUUUGGAGGAGCGGGUGGAGGGGGUUGGGUCCACUCUGUCUCGUUCUCAGCCUCUGGUAACCGCCUGGCCUGGGUCAGCCAUGAUAGCACUGUCACUGUGGUGGACAGCUCUAAGACUGCCAGUCCUUCACAGCUGAAGACGGAGUUUCUUCCUCUCCUCAGUGUCAUUUUUGUUUCAGAGAACAGUCUAGUAGCUGCGGGCCACGACUGUUGCCCCAUGCUGUUCCGUUGCGACGACGGUGGAACACUGACAUUUGUGUCAAAGCUCGACCUCCCCAAGCAGAGUAUCCAGAGGAACAUCUCCGCCAUGGAGCGCUUCAGGAACAUGGACAAGAGAGCCACCACCGAGGACCGCAACACUGCCCUGGACACACUGCACCAGAACAGCAUCACCCAAGUGUCUAUCUAUGAAGGAGACAAAAGGGAUUGUCGCAAGUUCUGCACCACGGGCAUCGAUGGAGCAAUGACCAUUUGGGACUUCAAGAGUCUAGAAGCUUCAAUCCAGGGUCUCCGCAUCAUGUGAAGAAAUCUUGUAAAUGAAUGAAGAAAACGCAGCAGGCCUCAUUUCUCCCCCUCGCCGCCCUCCCUCCUCUCCUCUCCCCUUUACACCUAACCCCCGCUGCUCCUGCGACGCAGCCAGUAACACGUAUAACUGACCCCCUAAUCGAGUGUCUGCUGAAGCACUGAUCAGACCAUAACACACUAUUGUGGGUGUGUGCAAACACUCUCACGCGCACACACUAAAGUACACAAACACUCAUACACUACACACACACUGAGCUGACGUGUGACAUCACUGUUGAUUUUUUUUUUUUGUUUGUUUGUUUUUAAAUGAAGGUUAACCAGGUGUCAAAGUGGGACGGUCCUCUGACACGUAUUAAAACGUGACGUGAAAUGUGUGUUUUUAUGUUCUCUAACCUCCUGUACCAAAAGUUGAACACUAAAAGGUGCGUUUUAUCCAAAAGUCAGACUGUAUUUCACCUCAGUUCAAACUUAACAUGAUCUCCGAAUAUCAAUGUUUAGUAGAACGGAGGACGUGAUGCUUUACUUCCUGGAGGAUAGUAAGUAUUCUCCAGCAGGUGAAGUCAUUGUUUAGAUUAGGACCCGGGUUAUUGAUAUUCUGAGGUCAUGUUGCUGGUUGGCUGUAGAGAGCUGUGCAGGAUCUGAUGGUGGAGAGAGAAAGCAGCUGUCUAAACUCUGUGCGGAGUCACAACUGACCAGCUCUAGGCUCUGUAGCUACUUCACUAAAACCACACAAGAUGGAGGAUUUCUAUGUAACUGAUCAUGAAGUAGACAUGAAAUAAAGAUGAAGUACAUUUACAGAACUCAA